AUGAAAAAACAAAGGAUUGGUGGGGAUGAUUGGGAAGGUGAUGGGGAUGGUUUUGGUGGGGAUAAGGAUGGGGAUGGUGAGUGGGAAAUGCAAAGGGAGGAGGGGGGUGAAAGGGGGGGUUUCGGAUACAAUGUGGAGGAUGAAAGAGAGGAAGGUGGAGGGAGAGGAGGAGAGGGAGAGGGGGAGGAAGGGGAGGAAGGAGAGGAAGGAGGGGAGGGGGAAGAAGGGGAGGAGAGGGAAGAUGAUGAGGAUAUUGGGGGGGUUUCAAGAGCACUUGAUGGCUCUGCUGUUCGGCUGAGACGUGUCACUUGGACUCAGUUCUCCACACGCACACUAAUUGAGGAGUACGCGCGGGUGCGUGCCCGCCAUCCGCGCAUGCAGUGGCACCUCUACUCGCACCGCCUGCCCUUCCCGCCCUCCGCCUGCCGCCGUCACGUGGCUCUGCUGCGCACCGAUGCCCGCACACGCCACGCGCUGCAGGACCUCUGCGCUCUCGUUGCCCUCAGACUGUCCCGCUGGGCCAAGUACAAGCAGGCUCUGGCACUGCAGCAGCAGCAGGCACAGUGGGAGGCGCAGCAGGAGCAAGAACGGCUGGAGCAGGGGGGAAUGGAUGAGAGGGAUGGGGAAGGAGGAGGAGGGGGAGGAGGAGAAGGAGGUGUAGGUGUUCUCACCACGGCUGCGCCAGUUGCUGCCACUGCCACUGCCACCGCGACUGUCACCCCUGACCCCACCUCCGCCACUGCUGCUGGUGCUGCUGCUGCUCCUGCUGCUGCAGGGAUUUCUGAGGCACCCGUUCCUUCCCCGUCGCCUCUCUCCAUCCCGCCACCAGCCCCCACUCCAUCCCGGCAGCGGGAGGUGGUGUGGGAGAGCAGGUGGGAAUGGGACGACUUCUCCUGCCCUGAGUUGGCUCGCGCUGUGGAUCGGGUGCUCGUUGCUCAUUACUCGCUGCGCCCCUGGCUGAUGCAGCAGCAGGAGAAGCAGCAGGUAGGGCGUGCGCCUGCUGCUGGUCCUGCGGCUGCUGUGGUGGGUGCAGGGGAGUGGAGAGUGGAGGGACGGGGAGCUGGUCUGACUGGUGCCACUGCUGCAGUUGCCGCUGGUGCAAGAGACUUAUCAACAGGUACAGCAGCAGGUGCAGCAGCAGAGGCAGGAGCAGGAGCAGGAGCAGGAGCAGCAGCAGGAGAAAGUGCACCAAUGCUUGCCCUUCAAUCGUCCAAUCCAGCUGCAGCAACCAGCACGGCCAUCACCACACUUCACACCUCCCUCGCAACCAAUGCAGCCAGAGCCGCGGACCGCAGCCAAACCAUCAUCUGCAAAAAAGCCCUCAAAGCACAAAAGCUCCUCUCGGAAAUGCACCGGCGGCCCUUUGCCGCCCCCGCGUGCGAGCUUAUUAAAUCCAUUCUCAGCGGGACGACUGUCAACGGCUCUCUCCCUCCCCACCUCGUGCACGCGCUGCGACGGUUCCCGGAAAGCGACGUGGUUGUCGCGUUUGAGUUUCUCCGAAUGAACGAUCUGGUGGUGCCUGGGAAAGGGUCCCGAGCGUUCUUUCUGAACCCCGACCAUGUGGAAACGGCUUCUAUAUCGCCGCUGCCCCCUCAUGCCGCUGCUGAUAGCGCGGAGUUUACUCAGUGGGUGGAGGAGAGGCGAGAGGUGCUGGAAGGGACGUGGGAAGGGGUGCCUUUAACGCUGAGAUGCGGGCAUUUGGUGCAGUUGCUCACCUUGGUUUCUCAAGGGCAGCUGGAGCUGAAAGGGGUGCUGCCGAAGAAAGGUGUGGGAGAGAGGGAGGAUGAUGCAGAGGAGGAGAGGAGGAGGCAGAGGAGGCGGGUGUAUGAGAAGUUGAGGAGGGAGGGGAGGGAGGAGGAGGCGGAGGAGGAGAAGGCUCGGAUGGGUGGUGCCGGGGAAGGGGUGAACGGGGGAGGAGGGAAGGGGAGGGAGGGUGUGGGAGGGGAAGGGAAGGGUGGGGACGAGCAGAGCGAGGAAGAAGAGGAGGCGGAGGAAGAGGAGGAGGAAGAGGAGGAGGAUGGGGAGGAGGAGGAAGGGAGGGGGAAUUCGUCGGUGCAGACGCCGUAUGGUGUUAGGCAGUUGGUGAGGGGGUUUCCGCAUUUGAAGGUGCUUGUAAGGAGCGCCAUGGUCCCCGUACCUGAGCUUGUGACCUCUUUAUGGGAGAAUGCUGUGAAGGGUUGUGUGGGGAAUGUGGGGAUGAAUGGGAAUGUGGGGGAUGGGGGGCAUGUGGGGGAUGGGAUGGAUGUUGAGGGUGUGUGUGAGGGAAUGAAGCAGGGAGAAAAGAACGCAGUAUUGAUGGAAGGAGGGACGGGAGAAGGUGAUGGUGAUGGUGAUGGUGAUGGUGGUGGUGGUGGUGGUGGUGGUGGUGUUGCUGGGGGUGAUGGUGGUGGUGGAGUUGUUGAGGGGAAUGGGAGGAGAGCAGGAGGAGACGAGGUAAUGGUGGAGAAGAAGCAAGAGGCUACCUCAGAACCCUCCCGCGAUUCUAUCUUUGAGGCACUUCAAGAAGCUGCUGGUGAAGGCCCACAAGGAGGUCGUGUUGAAACCGCCGCACAAGUAGCUGUGCUUGAGAAGAUAGGGGGAACAGUAAGGGAAGGUGUGAAAGCAGCAAGGGAAGGGAGAGAAGCAGCAAGGGAAGGGAGAGAAGCAGCAAGGGAAGGGAGAGAAGCAACUAGGGAAGAGGCAGAGACAGCAAGGGAAGGGGCACGCGCAGCGAGGGAAGGGGGAGGAGCAGCAAGGGAAGGGACAGAAGCAGCAAGCGAAGGGACAGAAGCAGAUAGAGGCAAUGAGUGGGGAUGGCAUCACUCAAGUCCUCUUCUCUCUGCAGUGCAACAACACAUAGAGGCCAGGGGUCACAGGGUUCUCAUGGCGUCGCGCCACGCAUCCCUCUUCUUCCUCCGCAAGCAAGACACCUCCGCCGCUUCUGCUCUUGCCACCACCACCACCGCCACUCUUGCUGCUGAUUCUAGGACUAGCAACAACCCAUCGCAAGCUCUCACCCACACACAAGGGACGAGCGGGGACAAGGGGAAGGGGUUGGCUUUGGAAGCAGGGGAAGGGGAGAGGGAGAGAGCGGCACAGGGCAUGAUGGCUCUGGGGAGCAGAAUAAGGGGAAACGAGGGAGGAAAGGGAGAGGAAGAGCUGGGGAAACAGAGGGGGGAACAAGGGGAGAAGCAGGGUGGGAAGAGAGGGGAGAAAGAGGAGAGGGAGGAGAGGGAGCAGGAGGAGGUGGCGAUACGGCCGUGGCUGGAUGGCUCGGGGCGGGAGAAAGCAGGUCUGCGGAGCAUGUUUGUGCGCAAGAUAAUGGCUGUGGUGGCGUUCCAUCCCGGCAUAGAGGAGGUGAGUGCGCGUGGGUCGGUGCGUGUGGAGCAUGCUGCUGCGUCUCGUUCCGCUUCUCAAUCCCCAGACAUGCAAAGAUUUGAUAUCCUGGCUUAUUGCCGACGCUUGGGACACCAGUACGUGACAGUGCUCUGCCGCAGCACACACAUACACGUUGAAGCUGCAGGGGCAGGGUGUGGAGGAGGAACCGGAUUGACAGGCAGGGUGAGGCAGGGAAAGAGAGAACAGGAGGGAGAGAGGGGGGAAGAUUGGCACAGUUGGGGGGGAGACGACUGGGGGAGAGAUGGAGUGCACGGAGUGAGGGGCAAAGGGAGCAGAGGAAUGGACGGCGGGCGCGCGGGUCAUGCGCGGAUCAUGUCGUCGCGCAGCACGAUGAUCUGCGCACCGCACGCGGUGCAGAUGGCCUUUUCAACCGCGGUUCGUGCUGGCGACGAGGCAGCCUUCGCCAACCGCGCUGCUGAACCGCCCGAUGUUGGUCUGCCUGCUGCGCCAUGCCCUGCUGCGCCAUGCCCUGCUGCGCCAUGCCCUGCUGCCGCCCUGCAUGUAGCUGCCGGGCAUGCGGCUGCCCUGCCCGUUGCUGUCCCCCCUGCUGCUGCCCUGCCUGCCACAUCCAAUAUGCCUGCUGCUGCCAUGCCUGCUGCUGCCCAGCAUGCUGCUGCCCCACCUCCUGCUGCCCUGCUGGCUGCUGUCCUGCCUGCUGACCUGUCUGCUGUCCUGCCUGCUGACCUGUCUGCUGUCCUGCCUGUUGACCUGUCUGCUGUCCUGCCUGUUGCCCUGCCUGCUGCCCUGCCUGCUGCCCUGCCUGUUGCCCUGCCUGCUGCCCUGUCUGCUGCCCUGUCUGUUGCUGCCCCUGCCGCUGCCCACCUAUCUGUUGCUGCCGUCUCUGCCGUUGCUUUCCCUGUUUUUGCCGUCUCGGCUGCUCUCCUUCUCCUUGAGUUUCACGUCGCCGGAUUCUUUGAGACGGGCCCCCAGACGUACUUCUGUCAAUAA